GUCCGGUGACAUCACAAGCUGUAACAUUACUUGGCUAACUUGUGUAUUUUUCUUAGACAUUACACCGCCCGUGUUCAUUCUCUGAACGGUUCGGCCUGGUUGAGUAAUCCCCGGACAAGAAACGCACGGCCCGGGUUCUCAGUUUAAAUCCUACCCAAGCUGUCGAGCGUUUAUUUUCAGGGAAGUUGUCCCGGGUCAAACUAGCAACUUGGAAGCUGGUGUGGCACAAAAUAGAUCACGCAGCUUCUUGUAGACAUCACAGUGCGUUUCUUUCCUCUUCCAUCUCUAGUCUAGCGGGUCCGCAGACGUUAACGGUUGCAGGGACGAUGGUUUUACUGAAAAACCUCCGUCCUCCCACCGAGGGAGUUCGGCAUGAGCAAGCUGACACCACAGCGGUGCUUGACGGCCAGAAGCUGGGCUGCGGCACGCUGUACGUCGCCGAAACGCGCCUGUCAUGGUUUGACGGCUCAGGGAUGGGUUUCGCCUUGGAAUAUCCCAACAUCGGUCUGCAUGCCAUUUCCAGAGACGUCAGCGCUUACCCUCAAGAACACCUAUAUGUCAUGGUCAAUGGCAAACUCAAAGGUGAUAAUGAGGCAGAAAUGGCAGAGAAAGCAGCUGAUGAUGAAGGAGAUGACAGCAGUGACAGCAGUGAUGGGGAUGAUGAUGAAGAUGGACCAAUCACAGAGAUUCGGUUUGUGCCCAGCGACAAGGUGGCAUUGGAGUCCAUGUUCUCAGCAAUGUGUGAAUGCCAGGCGCUGCACCCCGACCCAGAAGACGACGACUCUGACAAUGACUUUGAAGGAGAAGAGUACGACGUAGAGGAGGCUGGUGAGGGAAAAACGCAUAAAUACACACAUGUACAGUGUUCAUACAAACACACACACGCACACACACAUUCUGUUGUCAUCAGUCUAUGAGCGACUUGUCAACAGUGUCAUAAGAUAUUAACAUGACAACUUCUUGUUGAUUAUGAUGUUCUGAUGUCUGAUGAUGUGAUUAAAAAAAAAAAAUGCAGCUUAGCAGCUUGGUAAAGACAGCAGUUCAAAAUAAAUGUAGGGACAGUGAUGAAAGAGAGCUGGUUUUGGCCAUCUCUCUCCUUCUUUUGUCUUUAUCCAUUUUUACAUCUUGUGUAAGCAGUUUUUCAGCAGACAGAAUAAUAUAACAUGCUGUAGACGGAGUACAAAAUGUUGACUCCGCUUCCUCCUCCUGUCUCUGUUUGUCUCUCCCUAUUUGUUACCUGGACUCUUCGAUUGCAGAGGCAGGUAAGAUGUCCAGCAAUCAUCACUGCACAAUUACACAACUAAAGUACUUCUGUUGAACCUUUAUAAGACAAAUUGUGUCCCUUGAGAAUCAAACACAGAAGUACAGAAAGUUGGCACUGAAUGCUUUUUCUUAUUCUUAAACCUCUAGUUUUAUGUUAAAAUACUGAUUAUUAAUGCUAAAUAGAGUUUAUGUAAAGUUUUACUGUAUGGUCAAUACCAAACACAUUUCUGCUGUUAUAACCACCGUCUCUCCUCCAACAUUUAGAGCAUGGCCAUGCUGACAUCCCGACAUUUUACACCUGUGAUGAGGGUCUGUCGGCACUCACGCAGGAGGGCCAGGCUACGCUGGAGAGGCUGGAGGGGAUGUUAGCCCAGUCAGUCGCUCAGCAGUACCACAUGGCUGGGGUGCGAACUGAAGAAACCAACGCUGAAUUUGAAGAUGGUAUGGAGGUGGAUACAGCAGCAACGGAGGCUGGUCAGUUUGAGGACGCAGACGUCGAUCACUGAUGGGAGCAAUCUCAGCAGCCAAUCAAAGCACCAGUGUUGCGUCAUGGGAUUGGAGAAGAGGACAACAGCACUUCUUUAAGGCUCUCAGCUCUGACUUAUACUCUCUUGUCAAACAAAAAAAUGUUCCCAUGUAAGUCAUCUCACUAGGCUUUUGUAACUUUCUACAUUUUCUCUUAUGUGCUGCAUUGAAGCUCACUGUUGUAUUGUUUUGUUGUUUUUCUGCUUACCAUCAUCUCUACUAAUUUGUCCAAGUCGUAUGAAUAAAGUGUGUUGUACACAGCAAAGUCAGCUACUGUAGACUAUUGAGAUGCAGCCGCACAUACCCAGAUGCUGUUGUUGACUAAAAAAAGAAAAAAAAAAAAACACUGAGUUUCUGUUUGUACCUAAUGACCAAUUUAAUAUCUGAUUUUCCUGCCAAGGAGAAGAAAUAUCUUUGUAUGAAGUUGUCAAUAAAUGCAUAGUUUUUGUA